AUGGCACCUGUUAUAUCAAUACCGCCAAGGAGCCCAAUAGAACGGAUACGCAACCUCAAACUCAGCGAAUUCUACUGUGAGAGACCUACCGAUGAGGUCGCAGGAGACUCCCAUCAAGGCCAAACCGACUCUGCGGAGUCCGAAAAGACAGCUUGGCAGCUCCGCAAAUCAAGAGAUCGCUUCGCAAUGAAGAUUCCAAUCGGUGGUAACGAUAUUUGUUUCUUAGUCGAUCGCGCGGCAGUUCUCGACAUCUACGCACAAGCAAUCGCAACUGUCGGCCCUAAGAACCACAAACAGAUAAACUUUGAAGCGACGCUUAAAAUAAAGACAAUUCUUGGGAUUCGGCAAGCAGAACCACAUGAUGUUGUCUUCGCCUCUGGAGGCAUGUUCUUGACGCCCUUGGAACCGCAAUACGCUGAGCCGAGAAUCGAAUUCGGCGAUGAUGAGGGGGGGGUAUAG